UUACACACCACGCAUGGCACUCACACCUUAACUCUCCGACUUAACCUGACAACAAGCUGUGGGAAUACGCAGGAGAUUGCCGCAUUUAAGCACAGUGAAUCUCCUGAGGAAGCAGCAAAGAGGGGAAAAAAAAGUACGGCCGAUUCUGGACUCAAAAAUAACUUUCAUCAGUACUGUGGACAUACUGUGCAAAUCUCCCAGUAAGUGCACUUGAAGAUCUGUUGCUGGAAACAUUUUUUGAAGUAUCAAUGACAAUGCCAGUGGUGAAAGUGGAGAAAGACUCUCCAGCAGACACAACUUUGUCUGCCUCCAACCCUCCACCGCAGACGGACGACCAGCCCAGAGGACGGAGGAGGAAAAGACCACUGCAACGAGGGAAGCCCCCUUACAGCUACAUCGCACUCAUCUCCAUGGCCAUAGCCAACUCCCCUGACCGCAAGCUCACGUUGGGGGGCAUCUACAAAUUCAUCACAGAGCGCUUCCCCUUCUACAGAGACAAUUCAAAGAAAUGGCAGAACUCUAUUCGCCAUAACUUAACACUCAAUGAUUGUUUUAUCAAGAUCCCUCGAGAACCAGGACGACCCGGUAAGGGCAACUACUGGGCCUUGGACCCAAACGCAGAGGACAUGUUUGAGAGCGGCAGCUUCCUGAGGCGCCGGAAGAGGUUUAAGCGCUGUGACUUGAGCACCUACACUUCAUACGUCCACGAGACGCCAGUUUUCUCUCCAGUGCAGAUUGCCAGGUCAGCAGCAGCGUACACCAACUCCAUCUACCCAAACAUGACAAUGAGUCCAUCCUACGGGCAGCAGCUGCCGUCAGCCUACUACCCCUCCUCAUCGCCACCCGGCUUUGGUCCCGGACAGACCCGCAUGUUCAGCAUCAAUAACCUCAUAGGUCAUCCAACUUCAGCCAGCAUGCUGGGAGGUCAGGGACCAGAGGUGAUGCAGCAGCCCAGUCGGAGCUUCAGUCCUGAGGGGCUUCCAAAUGGACCCAGUCCCUGUAGUUUGGGGACAGCAGGUUUUCAGAGCCAGCCGUGUGGAGGGGCCGUGCCGUCCCGCUCCUCCACACAUCCAGGGUUCAGCUACUCGGGGCCAAAUGGCCACCCACACCACCAUGCCCCUCAGAGCUCGUACGGACAGGGCCACACCCAGGGGUACGCAGCAGCUGGACGCCUCCAUUCCUCCGUCCAUGGGUCUAUGGAAAACGUUGACCACUAUGGCAGAGUCUCGCCAGUGCAGCUAGGAUCUUUCUCUCAGUAUAACAGCACUGCUGGUCCAAUCGCCAACACCGGCGGUUACCUAAGACAUCCCACGUACCCAGGGAAUAUGGACAGGUUUGUGCCUGCUAUAUAAGAAUGUAGAUUUAAGCAUCUGAAUGGUGUUAUUACAGAACAUCAGAGACUUGAUGGCACCCAAGGAGCCGGACAUUUCUGUGCACAAACAUGAUUUUAUUUUAUUCACCGUUGAUGACAUUUAUUAGGACCAAAGUGAACUGACUGAUAAAAACAGCUCUUCUGACACAACUGUGAUGUAGUACCACAUUAGUAAUAGGCAAUUUCCGUGCUGAUGGUAAUUUACUUCUAAGUAUAUGUUAUAAAUAUCAGGACUUCCUGACAGCGUGAAAUUCAUGACUUCUCUUCUGGUUUUCAGCUUUUUUUUUUUUGUCACAACCUCAAUGUGUUUGAUAGUCAUUAAUGAUGAAUUUUUGAAUGACAAACACUUAAAUGUUAGUAUAAAUUAUUGUGCUUUGUGGUCAUAGGCUUUGCAAUAAAAGGCUUAAUUGUAUGAAAAACGUACGCUUUAGGACAUUUGCAUGUAUUUUGUUGCCAAAUGAAACCGCAUAUUAGGCUGCCUCACUGAACUAUUUAGCACUUGUUCUCUGCAAAUAAAAAAAGAAAUAAAUUA